AUGGCGCCCGUUCAGGUCCCGACCGGUACCGACGACAAGAGCAAGGCAGGAGGUCGAAUGGCUGUCACGGAUAUGGGGCGCGGGGUCGCCGAUGCACCGCCCAAGGUGGCGCUGCUCAACAAUCCCAAGUUUCGCAGCUGGCUGUUCCAGAUCCUUUUGGGCGUGGCGGUCGCCUAUCUCGUCUACUCGGGCUGGGUGAACAUGAACGCCAACCUGCAGGCGGCCGGCGUCGCCUCGGGCUUCGGGUUCCUUGGCGAAAAUGCCGGCUUCUCCGUUGCGCAGUCGCUGAUCGACUAUGACCAGGGCACAUCAUCCUAUGGACGGGUCUAUGUCGUUGGCGUCCUGAACACGCUCAUCGUCGCCGUCGUCGGGAUCGUUUUCGCGACCGUCAUGGGCUUCCUGCUCGGCAUCGCCCGGCUCUCCAACAACUGGAUCGUCAGCCGCCUUGCCACCUCCUAUGUCGAAUUUGCCCGCAACGUCCCGCUGCUGCUGCAGAUCUUCAUCUGGUAUUUCGGCGUCUUGCGGCUUCUGCCACAGCCGCGCGACAGCCUCGAUUUCGGCCCGCUCGGCCUUCUGAACAUUCGCGGCUAUUUCGCGCCCAAGCCCGUCUGGGGCGAUGGCUCGGCGUUCGUCCUUUACGCGCUCAUCGCCGGCAUCGUCAUCGCGAUCGGCGUAUCGCGCUGGUCGUACCGGCGCCAGAUGGCGACCGGUCAGCGCUUUCCGUCGCUCUGGGUCGGUCUUGGCGCCGCUGUCGGUCUUCCGCUUGUCGUGUUUCUUGCGCUUGGCGCGCCGCUCACCUGGGACAUGCCUGUCCUGGGCGGGUUCCGGCCAUCGGGCGGCAUGACGGUCAUCCCCGAAUUCAUCGCGCUGCUCGUCGCGCUGUCGACCUACACGGCCGCCUUUAUCGCCGAGAUCGUGCGCGCGGGCAUUCUCGGCGUCAGCAAGGGACAGUCCGAGGCUGCCCACGCACUGGGACUGCGGCAGGGGCAGAACCUGCGGCUUGUCGUCAUCCCGCAGGCGCUGCGGAUCAUCAUUCCGCCGCUCACCAGCCAAUAUCUCAACCUGACCAAGAAUUCGUCGCUCGCGGUCGCGAUCGCCUAUCCCGAGCUGACGUCCGUGUUUGCCGGAACGGCACUGAACCAGACCGGUCAGGCGGUCGAGAUCAUCUCGAUCACCAUGCUGACCUAUCUGACCUUCUCGCUGCUGACCUCGGCAUUCAUGAACUGGUACAAUGCGCGCGUGGCGCUGGUGGAGCGCUGA